AACUAUAAAAUGGAUACACAGCAUUCAGAAAUGAAACGUUUCGACUUUAAAGCGAGAAAAGUGAGAUUUGUUGCCUUGAGGCAACAGUGUGCAAUAGAAUGUUUACUUCAUUAGACUCUUUUUCGGACUCUUUUUUGCUCACGUUUUUACACUUUUGCAGUUGUCCUGUGUGGCUCGAGGCGAGCUGUGAUAAAAGCGGCGCGCUUUAAGCCGGAGUGUGCGUCACUCCGUUAUCUGGAGUACAGAGAGCGCGCGCCACGUUGUCUUCCUCCUGAGAGACCGGUGCACCUGCAGUCCAGCGUCCUCUGGUUCGACCGCCUCAACAGCAACCGGAGAUCGUUCAUGCUUACAGACAUGAUAGCUGAGGAAGAGUUCGAGAUUAAAGAGGAAGAACCGUGGUACGACCCCCAGGAUCUGGAACACGAUCUUCAUUUGGCUGCUGAGUUGGGCAAAACCCUCCUAGAGAGAAACCAUGAACUGGAGCAAGCUCUCCAGCAGAUGUAUGUCGCCAACCAAGAGCAGCAACAGGAAAUAGAGUAUCUGUCUAAGCAGGUGGACUUGCUCAGGUCAGUGAAUGAUCAGCAUGCUAAGGUCUAUGAGCAGCUGGACACCACUGCACGAGACCUGGAGCAGAGCAAUCAAAGAUUGGUCCUGGACAACCGCUCAGCCCAGCUUAAGAUUGAGGGGCUCACAGAGACCAUAAACGGGCUGCAGUGUCAGGUGGAGGACCUGCAGAGGGAGGUGAAGGAGCUGAAGACUGUUCCUUCUGAGCAGACCACACCAGACUUGCUGGAGCCACAGUGGCCAGCCAGUAGCCCAACUCCUCCCUGUUUGAAGGAGCAGUACCAAUCCCACAAGUGCCCACCCUUCGAGCAUUCUGUUUCGGCGAGCACUCCCUCUAUAGAGCAGGAGGACUGGGAGGAGGAGCACUCAGCCCUUUUGCACUCUGUUGAGACACUGCAGGCCCAGCUGAAAGCAGAGCGUGCUCUGAGGGAGGCUGCGGAACAGGACACUGAUGCUCUAGCACGAGAGAUAAGCGAGUUGGAGCCACGUGUGACCCUGAUCGAAGGCUAUAAGGCACGGCUGGCCGAGCUGGAGGCAGAAGUUGAGGAACUCAGGCAACUGUGGCGCUCUGAUUCAGCCUCGGGUGGUGCUGGCCACACCCACCGGCUGCUGCUGCCGGACACAGUGUUCUUCCCCUCUGAGGAAGACAUGAGUGAGGCGUGGCAGAGGAGCCACAUGCUAAAGCGCUGCAACAGUGAGAGGCAGCUGAGGGGGGUCAGCGGUGAGGACAGUGGCCUGAGGGACAUGGGGCGUGUUAAUGUCUGCAGGGGGCAUUCGGAGACAGCGAAGUACCACCAGGGCAUCUCCCUGCUGAAUGAAGUGGAUGCUGAGUACAGCGCCCUGCAGAGGAAAUACAAUGCUCUUCUGCGCCGCUGCGAAGAUGGGCCCCAGCCACGGAGCCACAAAGCUGUGCAAACAGCUACAGUCACUCAGCACUUGACCCCAUCGCCAGCCAAGCACCCCUGCUCCCAGGGGGUCGGUACACAGGAUGAUGUCCCACUACCUGAAUACAAAGUCCUUUUCCAUGAGAUUUUUGCUUGUAUCCAAAGGAGCAAAGAGAACCUAAGGGAGAACAGGGCCAAGUCCAGUUUAAACACAGCAAUGCACUAUGACGCCUGUACGCUACAAGCCUCUUAGAUUUGUCCUCCACAAGGACUUGGCAAGUGUCCCAGUAUGAGGUUCAGAUUCAAUCAAGCAGUCUCACGACUGGCUGAACCAGAAGGAAUCUUAAAGGCAUGUAUGUGUGAAGCACACUGUAGCUUAUUUCGUAUCUUUUAUUGUCUAGUCAUUGCCACAUUGUACAAAAUUACACAUUUCGACCUCCUGGAACUCUCUGGGGUGCCUAUUUUAAAUAGUUAUAUUUCAUAAGGCAUUACAUGACAAUAUGAUCAUCUUAAAGCAUCUGUUUUGGAUUUUUGGUGCUUACCAUUUAUUUUGACUACACAGUUUACCUUUAGCAGCUACACACUUAAGUUUACAUAAAAAUGCUUACUCGUUUAAAAUAUGUGUAUUGCUAUCUGAGUUGAUUAACUCUUGGUGAGGCCCUUGAUAACAGUAGUAGGUACUGGUCAUCAUAAACCUAAUGUAGAAAGCAACAUCCAGAUGCCACACAGAUCAUCUUCAAAUGGUACAGCAUGACACCUGCAGCCUGUUUCACAAAGCAGGAUUUCUUGCUAACUUUAAGCUCAGUUAAGCAUAAGAUCUCACAACAGGGGAUCACUUUAUUUAAUAGGCUAUGUCACCAUGGCAACUUGUGCUGCACAUCUAACCUAAGUUCAGGAUUUUGGAUCAUAAACAGCUCUUGAUCAAACAGGGUGGGCUUCUGAUCAGUCAGUAACAGCCUUCUGAUGGAAUAUAAAACCCUUUGGCCCUUUUUUUUUAUCUUUAUGACAUCUGUGGAGCCAAACAAGGGAACUAUACAAAUAAUACUAAAUAGAGAUCAAGAAUGUA